AAAAAGACAAAGCAAACAAAAAAGGACAAACAUCCCCUUUUCCUUUUCAUUCUUUUUAUCUUUGCCUUUUUAACAAAAAGUCAAAGCCCAGCAUAUCUUUUAAUUAAUAGACAUCUAUUUUUCAUUUUUUCUUAAAACCUAUUGUUUUAUGUCAAGGCCAGACGGUCAGUACAGUACCCGUGCUCCGAUGGGCGCAGCGGAUGAACAGCGGGAGCAGCAGCAGCAGCAGCAACAACCACAGCAGCAGCAGCAGCAGCAGCAGUCACUUCAGCAGCUUGGGCUAUUUGAUAUGCCCUUGUCCGGCACCUCGUUUACUGCCACUAGCGGGGACUUCCCAUUCCCGCUCACCGACCAGGCAUCACUAUUCAACUUCCACACACCGCUGGGACUGGGGAUGGGGCUGGGGAUGGGUCCGAGGUUUGACUCGUUCUACCCAAACGCAGCCCAGGGCAUGAAAGGCUGCGCAUUCGAUCUGCCCGCACCAACACCCGUGUCUGCAGACAACCCUAGCGCCGGGGCAUUUGACUUGCCCAUGGACAUGGCUCUGCUCAAUGGCAUGACGGGGAACAACCCAUUGGCAUACACGGCUGCACCCUCGCUGGUAUGCAGCCAGGCCACGCUUGCGCCUUCACACAUGACGAGCGCAAUCCAAGGGAUUUCGGCCAGCAAUCAUUCGUACUUACAAUGGCCUCUGCAAUCCCUUAUCGGGACGCCCCAUUCGUCACAACAACAGCAGCAGCAGCAGCAGGAACAGCAGGCUGCACCUUUGAAUUCCUCUCCUCAGGAUACACAGGGCCAGAUGGCAGCACAUAUGCGUGCAGCGCGGACACGGAUCUUCAACAAUGUGCUGCAUAAUAUGAGCAUAGGUGGUAUCCAGAACCUAGACGGAGUGUACAGCGGAGGCAUUGCCAUGCCAUUAGCCAAAAUGGAUGCCACAACGGUGGGCGUGCCAAACUACUCGAGCGUUAAUCGGUUUAUUCCAGACACCACCAUGUCUGGUACGCUUGACGUUUCUGCGAUUGGGUGCCUGGCUAACUUUGCUGAUCUGCCGCUGGCGUUUCCCACGCUGGGCGCGAUUCCUCAGCCAGCGUACCCGAUAGUCUCACCGAUCUUUUCAGCCAAUCACUUGUUUGCCACUAACAACAACAGCGGCAGUGGCAAUGGCAGCAACAGUAGUGGCCUUAAUACAACCAAAUUUGCAGUGCCAACAUUGGCACCAGCAUCAGCCCCAGCAAUCGACUCUCAGCACAGCAGUGCUGCGCCGGCCAGGGUCAACCAGGCAUGCAAAAUGUGCCGCCGCCGCAAGGUCCGUUGUGACGGUCUGCGCCCGUUGUGCGGCUUCUGCCAGACAAAAAAAUUCGAGUGCAUAUACGAGCCCAUCACCUCGGGCAGCCGCAAGCGGGGCCGCCAGUCAAUACCAUCCGAGCCCGGCUCAGUGCAGUCUAGCAACUCUGGCAGCAAAGUAUCCGGGCCACACGCCAACUACGUAUUAUUCCAUCAUGACACUAGGACCAGACACGGCGAUGCUGCUAACUAUGAUGAGCUUGGAUUCCCAAAACGCAGCAAGCGGCGGCGACUCAGUGAGUUUGCCACUGCCUCCUUUGAAGACACGCAUGUGAGCGACCAGGAUAUGUUGGAUUCUGACAGUGCUGAUGAGUUGUCGUUGUCAGGCGAGGGUCGCGCCGGGCAUGGAUAUCUCGAGGCCCUGUCUAACCACCAGAUUGCCUUGCCAGCGAAUGUUGCACCGGCGAUUGGUCUCCGGGACAUCACCAAUGGCUGUGCCGAUGUAGGGCUCGCAAAUACUGCCACUGCUUUGCUGGCCGGCAUAACUGGCGCGCCCAGGGGCAACAGCGACUUGAAAUAUGAAGCAGGCGCGACGAAUCCGCACAAAAAAUCAGCAGUAGUAGUAGGUAAUGAUGCAUUGGCAGGUAACACGUCUUUAUUGUUGGUCGAGCAGCAUAUGCGGUUGUACUUUACGUUUUUUCACCCGCAGCACCCGGUCUUGCACCGGCACACUUUUGAGAAAGCUGUGCGCGAGGGUACCGUCAACAAAGUGCUGUGGCAUGCAGUGCAGGCAAUCGCUGCUCGGUACGGGCCAGCGCCGAACAAUUUAGCGACCAGCACGAGCGACUACUCGUUUUUGGCCGCCGAGCCACUGAGGGGUAUCCAGCAACGGCUGCGGCCAUAUGAGUACGGCAAGCGAUACGCAAAACUCGUCCGCGUCAUGCUUCCCGAGGCCACACGAGCGCCGACAAUCGAGAUCAUCCAGGCCCUCUAUCUCCUCUCCGAGCAUCAAUUCGGCACGGGCGACUGGCUCGAAGGCACAACAUACUGGGGCACAGCCGUGCGCAUGCUCAACCAGCUGCAACUGCAUAUGACUGACGAGGCAUUCCAGUUCCCCGCGUACACAUCACAUCUGGGUCUCCACGAAUCAGCAAUAUCCUCACUGACAGCAAUGCAGAGCCCGGCAAACUACGCCAGCGAGAUGCGCAAGCCGGCGCUAAACAGCGAGUCGUGGAUUAAGCGCGAGUUGGAGCGCCGCAUGCGGUGGGUGCUUUUCGAGUCUGAACGCAUGCACACGCUGGCUGGCGGCACACCGCCACUGGUCACGCUCGAGGCAGGCUGGGUAGAUAUGCCCUGCAGUGACGCUAUUUGGGAGAUGCCCGAUCCGCGCCGCGCUGGCGAGUACGAGCGGCUGCUGCUGCAUAUGGGCCGGUACUAUAUUGACGCCGGCGGCAGUCUGCGCGUCGACAUGGCCGCCAGCUCUAGCGUGCCAUCAAGCCAGCCAGUGAGCAGAAAGCAAAGCACCCAGGCAUCACAAGGAAAGCUGCUUGACAGUGCUGCUGCGCCAGCUGCCGGCGAAACCCUACCAGAGGCGCAACGCAGGUUGAAUAUGCCGCUGGCAUCUAACCGCGCUGCCAGCAUGCUCGUCAGCGUACGGCAGCGCAAGAACCGCAUUCACCUGAAGGCACACACAGCAAUUGUCAUUGGGCAAAUGACGCAGGCACGGCUGGCGUUGUUUCGGCUGUUUUUCCCGUGCCGCUGGCCGAGCCAGCUAAUGCCCAACAGUCUGUUUGGGCCUGGCUACGAUGACUAUGUCGAUCUCGGCGGUGGCGGCGGCGCCCCCGGCCCCAUGGUGCUGGGCUGGGAUGAGCGCUUCCAGCGGAUGCGCAUCACAAUUGCCGACAUCGAGGCCAAGCUGAUGCAAUGGCGCGUCUACCUCGAGGUCAUGUUCCCGCUGCGCGAACACGAGGAGGGCUCCAACCGCACGACCGAGGAGAAUCAGGCGAUCCGCUGCGAGCGUGUCGAGUACGCCAACUACCGGUUUAUGCUUGCCGCGCUGCUCAUCCAGAACCGGUCGACAGUCCUGCAGCUGCAGGCAACUCUGGCGCGUCGCGAGCGCAAAAUCAAGCAUGCCGACGGGAGCCCUGCGGUCGGAGAUGCUGUGCGCCAGACCAUGACCAGCCACUUUUUGCCCAACCAGCCCGGCGACCAAGUAAUGCAGGCGCUGCAUGCGUACGGUCAGGAGUGCUGGGCGGUUGUUGUGCAGCAGGCGUGCGAGAUCGAGUCCCUGCUUGAGUCGCACUGGCAGGUGCGUCCUCACCGCAACCCAGGCCUGCGCACGAUGAUUAAGCCCGAUUGGCAUGCGCCUAAUGCCAUCAAGGCCAAGAUCAAUGCGGAGUCUAACCUGCGCCGGUUCCCCGAGGACCAGGUUGAAAUACAGCAGCGUAGUGUUGGCGAGGAUGUCAGGGUAUUCUUUUCGCACGAGACGCCGCCGUACCCGCUGCUGGUUGCCAAUCAUCGCCUGUUGGAGGCCGUGGUCAGGUCGGCCAGCAGUGCGAGGAAGCAGGUGGGCGCCGAGCUCACGCUCGCGUCGAGCAUGAAUACGAAUAUUCAUAUCGAGACCAACGCCAAUGCCCGCGACAUGGAUGAGCACGCGGCGGGUUCUGGUGGAUUGCGCCAACAGCGAGGGAAACACAAGGGCACUAGCAGCACGAAGAGCGGCAGCGGCGGCAGGCGUGCACCUAAGAUCGACACUGACAGCGCGGGCGAGGUUGACUUUGAGUCCUCCAAUGAGGCCGCCGGUGGGGAUGGUGGCGACGCAGGGGGUGCCUUAGACCCGUUCCGCAUGCAGCUGCCAGACACAUCGUAUUUUAUCUUUCUGGCCGCUAAGACGAUGAUCAUGUAUCUGCACCACUCGAAAAUGUCAGCAUACAUACUGGCGCGGCGCAAGAAAACGGGCGGCAGCGAGAGCGGCGACUUUAUCCUGCCCAGCUCGUCAAUCUCCGUACAAAACGAAGCAGCAGCAGCAGGGGCAGCAGGGGCAGCAGGGGCAGCAGGGGCAGCUAAUGACGGCGCGGAUACCGGCGGUGAUCCGAGCGCGGACACGUCGCUGCUUCCAGAUUUCACAGAUGACCUUUCUCCGGCGCCGCAGUUGCGCACGCUGGCCGAUGUUCGCCGUAUGCAGGAUCGGCUGGAGAUUGUUAUGACGGCGCUGCGGCUGUCGCAAAAGCACUGGAUGAAAGUGGACUACUUUGUGCUGUGCGCACGCAAGCUCCGCAACAUGUCGGUGUAUGGUCCCUGGCGCGGCGAGGAUCCGGUUUCGACCGAUAUUUCUGCUGAGCUUGCAAACGAGUUUCCUUGAGUGCCGCAUGAAUAGCUGUACAGAUGCAGGAUGCAAGGUGGUUGAAGAUAUUUUGGGCACCGCACCCUAUUAAUUAAUUAAUUGGUUUUAUUUUUAGAAUUCAACAACCCAAUUAAUAAAACAAUAUAUACUUUUUUGUUGCGG